AAAGGGGAACUUCCGGUCUAUAAUGUGACCCUCAGAGGUAUUUCCCUAUAUAAAGAGUAUUUCGGGACUCUACCCACAAUGACCUCCCCUGCGGUAAAUAUUAGGGAACCUUUUAACCACUCCCCCUGAUACAGAGGAUCACUCCUGGUUGUUGCAGCUGACCCGAGAUGGCCACGUCUCCCCUCAAAGACUUUCUGGUCACAUAUUUGAUGCCAGAAAAAUGUUACGAGAGGAUUGUCGUCAACUUUCACUUAAACGGGCCUUGUUUAAAGUUUAUUCUGAACAGAAUCGCGGGAUUAUGCAUCAUUCUGGACAUUUUUCUGGCACAGCUACCUCAGCUGUUAAAGAUACUCUGGAGAGGAAGCGCGGAUGGUCUGAGUCUGACCGCCAGCCUGCUGCAACUUUACGCCUUCUCAUGUCCUGUUGUGUACGCCAUGGCCCACAACUUCCCAUUAUUCGCCUGGGCUGAGAGGCUCAUCACAUUGACUCAGGCAGCAGCAAUCAUUUUCCUUAUCCUGCGUUAUCGUGGUGAAACCUUCAAAGGAAUGCUGUUUCUCUUGGCCUACAGUGGUGUCAUGUUCCUCCUGGGCUCCUACACAGUUAAAGCAGUCGCCUCAGUGCUGCAGGCCUCCAGUCUGACGGCUUUAAUUGCAAGCAAGGGUUUCCAGGCUGGAACAAACUACAAGAAUGGUCACACAGGCCAACUGUCCACUCUGUCAGUGUCACUCUCAUGGACAGGCUCUCUGGGCGUUCUCUCAGUGUCUCUACAGGACACAGGUAGCUCACUCGAGACUCUGUCACACGCGCUGUCUGCCUGCCUCAGCUGCGCCCUCUUGGCCCAGGUUCUCUGCUACAGAAGCAGCACAGCCAGCACUAAAAAGAAGAGCGAGUAGAGGAGGGGGGGACAAUGACUAAUGAACAAUCAAUACUUGGGGAUUCUGGGCUGGAUUUUGGCAUGACAGUAACUACAAAUACAGUUUACACUUGUUGUCAUACAAUUUAAUACUUUAUUAUUUACUGUAACAGUAUUUCAAAAGGGUGAGAGGGAAUAUUUUGUCUCCCUCUAGUGUUUUAUAUGAGAAUUACUUUUGACUUUUGACUCGGUUGUUGUUUCUUGGGUGUGGUCGGUGACUGUGUUACUUUUUGUCCAACUGUUUUUUUUUUACUGAAGUUUUGAAAAGUGCAACUUGAACACUUUUAAUUCAAGUACAAACUGGCUGACCAUGAACAUCAAUGCUAAACAAACACAAAGUCUUAAAACAUUUACACAAGAAUAUAUUUCAUAAGUCAGAGUAAUAUUUAAAAAGCUGUAAAAGGGAGGAGGAAGUGGAGUCAUGUGACAGUCAUGAGCAUCCACACUGAACUUAAUUCAGGUCACAUACUUUCACUUUAGGCUCCUAUGCGAUAGUACAAGCAGUAUCACACUAAUGAUGUUUGAAUCGCUGACUUGAGGAAAUGUUCCUUCCAACCCCACAAAGGUAAUUCCAGUUGGACAGCUUAAUGUUGCAGUUUACCCCCUGAGUUUUUUUUUCUCUCCAUUCAUCCCUGUUUCUUUUAUAACCCUUUAAAGUAUUUGUGUCUCCAGAGAAGUCAUAUAAAAAAAACAACCUUUAUGUGUCUAUAAACUGAGUUGCCAGGUUGCUAACUGGAGUAAACACAAACAUUUACACCUUUAAAGCUACUGAGCUCACUGGAGCAGCUCAAAGAGUCAGUCAAUAAUUUCUCACAUUUUUACUGCUGCUCUCAGAGACUGAACAUUAUGAAACUUGGAGACAGAGAGGGAACUUCAAGCAACUAAAGCAGUCAUAUUUAACCACACAUAUGACCUUGAAUAUACAGGAACCUGUUGAUGUUUAUAGACUUUUCCCUAAGAGACAGUUUUAUAUGUAAAACCUUUUAUCUGAAUGUCAGCUGCUGUGAACACAAUGUGAAGUGUUGUGGAGUUAACACUGAUUUUUCCAGGAGCUCUGCUUGGACACAUUGAAGUGACUGAGGGAGUUCAUGUUCACCAAUGACACAUUCACUUUGUUUUGGCAAUAACUUGUGAUUCUCCAUCCAACUGAACACAAAAACACUUGUAAUGUAAGUGUUUUACAUUAAUGUCAUUGCUUUAUAACUUAUAUAAAUGUUGAACUGUACUGUGAACUGGAUUUAAUAUGAUGUGAAUUUUGUCUCUGAAUAUGAAUUUAGUAAUAAAAUCUUGUUUGGGUACCAUAAA